AUGAGCGAAAAUAUCGAUAGAAAACAAAGACUCGCAGAGUUACGGAGAAAUCGUGCUAAAAAAGAUAAGGAUGAAGGGAAUAAGCUGAUUGACGCAACUAUAGCAGCAGCAGCCACUGCUGAUGUAGAUAGAGAAAAUUUGCAACAAAAUGUUAAUCUUAGCUCAAUACAGAAAAAUAAAAAAGAAGAGGAAAAACGACAUGUAAAAGAGGAGGAAAAACGACAUGUAAAAGAAGAGGAAAGACGACAUGUAGAGGAGCAAGAAUCGAAUCUUAUACCACUGUCAAAGAAAUCAAUUGGAAACGAUGAAAACAACAACAACAACAACAACAACAACAACAACAACAAAAUUAAUGAAGAAGAUAUCAUACAAUCACAAGAGAAAACAACUACUAAAAAUCACCAAUCUGUUAUUUCAGAAAUGAAAGACGAUUUGAAAGCUUACUAUCACAAGGCUAACUUGCGAACCAAUAAAGCCAUUAAUUCGAUUAUACAAGAUAGAUUCGUAUAA